CUUACUACAGCACGCUGGAAUAGACUGGGUGUGAGGAGAAGAUGACGGGUCGCAGUUCCAUAUACAAACCCCUCCCCAUAUCGCUGAGCAGAAUCCUGCGCUGAUCCGGCCGGAGAGCGCACGUACAUUGCGCUGGAUGAACUAGACCCCCAGGUGGACAUUGGCAAAUAGAGAACGGGUUACGGCUGUGAUUGCGGCGCCUGAGCACAUGGGGCGCUGUAUCGGGUCGGGAGAGUGAGGAGGAAUAUCGCUGAGGAAAUGAGGCGCAGGCAGGACAGGAACGCAGCGCUAGCGCCCGAAUAGCGCCUCUGUGAUACCUGCCCGCACCCCAGCGCACUCAGAACCAUGAUGGGAUAUCCCUACUCGUUGCUUUUCUAUUUCACUCUCACAUUCUGUGACGUAUUGGCCGCAGCCGAUAAUGAAACCUACACAACAGAAGCAAGUACCACUCCCCCUGAUGAUGCAAAUGAUGAGACUCGCUCGCUGCUGACGUCAGUGCUGGUGCCCCUCCUCGUCUGCUUUGUCCUUAUUCUACUGGCCGGAUACCUGUUAAGGUCCAGAAAACACAGAAAGGCCGAUGUCAACUCCAGUGACAAGAAGAUGCCCAAUGGAAUCCUAGAGGAACAAGAACAACAAACAGUGAUGUUGCUGAGCAGCUCGCCCACGGUCUAUAAGAAGUACUUCCCCAUUCCAGUGGAAAAGCUGGAGGAAGAGUUUAGGAUGAGGUCGGCGGAUGACGGGAAACUCUUCCGAGAGGAGUAUACUUCAUUGCAACCUGGUAAUUUACAUGGAACUCAUGAAGCAGCGAAUAAAGAAGAAAAUAAGGAGAGAAACCGAUACCCCAACAUUCUGCCUUAUGAUCAAUCCAGAGUUAUUUUGAUGCCAGUUGAUGGCGUCCCUUGUUCUGACUACGUUAAUGCCUCCUAUAUAGAUGGUUAUAAGGAAAGGAAUAAAUUCAUAGCAGCCCAAGGCCCCAAGCAAGACACUGUUAAUGAUUUCUGGAGGAUGAUCUGGGAGCAGAAAUCUGCCACUAUAGUCAUGCUUACUAACCUGAAAGAAAGGAAGGAGGACAAAUGCUACCAGUACUGGCCUGAUCAGGGCUGCUGGAUCUAUGGAAAUAUUCGCGUUUCUGUCGAAGACGUGGUAGUCCUCGUAGAUUACACCAUUCGCAAGUUCUGCAUACAGCCGGUCCAUGAUGGCUGCAAGGCCCCCCGGCUCAUCACUCAGUUGCACUUUACAAGUUGGCCUGAUUUUGGGGUGCCCUUCACACCGAUCGGCAUGCUGAAGUUCCUAAAGAAAGUGAAGCAUGUGAAUCCUGUCCAUGCUGGUCCCAUUGUUGUUCACUGCAGCGCCGGCGUUGGGCGGACGGGCACUUUCAUAGUAAUAGAUGCCAUUAUAGACAUGAUGAAUGAAGAGAAGAAAGUCGAUGUCUUCGAUUUUGUCUUAAAAAUAAGGAAUCAGCGCCCUCUGAUGGUCCAGACGGAUAUGCAGUAUUCAUUUAUUUACCAGGCCUUACUCGAAUACUACCUCUAUGGGGACACGGAGCUUGAUGUGGCCUCUUUAGAAAAGCACCUCCAGGCACUCUACACUCCGGCGCCACAUUUUGAUAAAAUUGGGCUGGAGCAAGAAUUCAAGAAGCUCACCAGCGUUCGAAUUAUGAAGGAAAACAUGAGAACGGGAAAUUUACCUGCCAACAUGAAGAAAGCCAGAGUAAUACAGAUUAUUCCUUAUGAUUUCAACAGAGUGAUUUUGUCCAUGAAAAGGGGUGAAGAGUACACAGACUACAUAAAUGCCUCUUUUAUUGAUGGCUACCGGCAGAAAGACUAUUUCAUUGCAACCCAAGGGCCACUGCCUCAAACGGUGGAAGAUUUCUGGAGGAUGGUGUGGGAAUGGAAAUCUCAUACCAUCGUCAUCCUCACAGAGUUGCAGGAAAGGGAACAGGAAAAAUGCUGCCAGUACUGGCCAUCGGAAGGCGCCGUGACGCACGGGGAAAUAAAUAUAGAGAUUAAAAGUGACCGACUCCUGGACACAAUAAGUGUGAGAGACUUCAUAGUUACAAGCAGCCAGGAGAAGCAGACUCGGUUGGUUCGGCAGUUUCAUUUUCAUGGCUGGCCUGAAAUAGGGAUUCCAGCAGAAGGGAAAGGAAUGAUAGACCUCAUUGCAGCUGUCCAGAAACAGCAGCAACAGACCGGAAACCACCCAAUCGUUGUCCAUUGCAGCGCGGGAGCAGGAAGAACAGGCACAUUCAUUGCACUAAGUAACAUUCUGGAGCGAGUGAAAGCAGAAGGAUUGCUGGAUGUUUUCCAGACCAUAAAAAGUUUACGGAUGCAGAGGCCACAUAUGGUGCAAACACUGGAACAGUAUGAAUUCUGCUAUAAAGUGGUACAAGACUUCAUUGACAUAUUUUCCGAUUACGCCAAUUUCAAGUGACAGCUGCAGCCGGGGGGAGGAGUCUCGAUCUUGUUUUUUUUUUUUUUUUAAUAUGUACAAAUCCUGUAAUUUUAUCAACUGUCUUGGGGUUAAUUUAUCCUGCUUUUGACAAACCGCUUUUGUAUUCGAACCCUACUGUGCAUCCAGCGUCUCAGCCUCGUGUUGUAUAAAGAUUAAAAAGCGUACGCGGGGGGCGGGGAGAGACAUGUACAAUAAUGUAUAUAUUUAUUUAUUUACAAAUGAAAAUGUAUAUUAUCUUACAAGAGACUUAUAUGCAAUUUC